AUGGUCUGGCAAAACUACUUCUUAAUGUGGAAUUUAAUUUUUUUUGGUGUUUAUCUUCUAUUAAUAGGUUCUGGUGGGUUCAGAAAACGAAAGCAUGACCAUUAUCCACAUGGUCAAAGGAGGGAGGAAAAGGAGAAUGUUAAUCCAUCUUCAGCUUUGAUGAUGUCUUUUAAAUCCUUUCAGCUGGAGCUUGACACCAAGCAUGACAAAUACGAACGGCUUGUGAAGCUCAGCCGCGAUAUAACUAUUGAAAGCAAAAGAACAAUAUUUCUGCUCCACAGGUUUACCAGUGCUCCCAAUGGGGAAGAAAUACUAAAUGAAUCCGAAGUCAAACUAGAUGCUGUCCGACGGAAAAUUAAGCAGGUUGCACAAGAGCUAGUUGGAGAAGACAUGUAUCAGUUUCACAGAGCUAUAUCUCCAGGACUUCAAGAAUAUAUUGAGGCAGUCUCAUUUCAGUAUUUUAUCAAAACACGCUCUUUGAUUAGUGUUGAAGAGAUCAAUAAACAACUAAUAUUUACAGCAGAAGACAGAGAAGAAACAACAAACAUGACCUCCGUUUCCCAUGAUGAGCAACCACACGCUUGGAGCCUGAAGGUAACGCCUGUCGAUUACCUGCUGGGAGUGGCUGACCUAACUGGAGAGCUGAUGCGGCUGUGCAUCAGCAGCGUUGGGAACGGUGACAUAGACACGCCCUUUGAACUGAGCCACUUCUUGCGGCAGAUUUAUGACGGUUUCACUUUCAUUGGCAACACUGGACCUUACGAAGUAUCUAAGAAGCUGUAUACCUUGAAACAGAGUCUUGCAAAAGUAGAGAAUGCCUGCUACACGUUAAAAGUACGGGGAUCUGAAAUCCCCAAACACAUGCUGGCUGAUGUGUUCUCAUCCAAAACAGAACUGAUUGACCAAGAGGAGAGUCUUUCUUAAGCUAAGGAGACUGUUGCAACUCAGAAGGCAAGAACACUUAGAGAAAGCUUUUCAGUUAUGGUUUGUGGCAUUUUGACCCUUCCCAAAGAUUUUUUAGGUAGAGACAUACUCAGUUUUAUCUAUGAGAAUUUUAUUUGCAGUGGUAAUUGGUAACCAAAACCACUUUUUAUAAUGAGCAAGAGAAGAAACGUUUGACUUUGUCCUCUCGGUAUGGAUUUUCCUGUAUUGCUCCAUUUUACCUUCUUUCAGAAUGACCAAAAUUUCCACUGCACUCUACACCAGUGACUCUCAGUUGUGCGAGUCACCUCAGGCUGUUGUGGUUGCUGUUAGCAGUUUUCAGCAAGCACAGCACUGGGAAAAAGAAAACAGAUUAGGUACUGUUAUUUAGCAUUACCCAUACAUUUCUGCUGACCUGUUUUCUGAGUAUUUGAGUUCUGUGCUCAUGUCAUACGUAAAACAGUGCAUUUGUGUAUGUGUAAGUUUAUCCUUGAACUUGAAACUGAGGUGGCCUCAAAGGUGCCAUGUAACUUCAGUUUUCUCUGAUUAAUGCUUUUGAGCAUGAAGCUGAAAAUAAGUCACCAAUUGAUAAUGAAGCUACUUGCACCAAGUAAAUAGUACUGUGCACUCAUUAUUUUGAGGCUCUGUUUAAACUGAGUUUUGUUGAUGUUAACACUGGGAUUUCACAGUUUUGCCAUAAGCUAGAAAAUCCACAAAAAAAAAUAAUUGUGGAAUGUGUUGGUUUACAGUUUUUAUAAUACAGUUUGAUUCAGAACCUGAUAUCUUCCUGUCUGUAGACAAAAUGAGAAGACUUAUCAAGUAUGUUUAACAUGAAUAAUUUGGUAUUAGGACAAGCAGUGUUGGGCCAGAAUGAAUGUGAUGUGGUGUUGGAAGUCUGUUCUCCAUUGUUUGUGCUGCCCUGAGGACCUCCAGUGGGGUUGAGCUGGUAUAAGUGAAAAAGGGCUAGUCAAGGUUUAAAUAUCUGUUAGCAGGAACUAUAUCACGUGCCUGCUCCUAUGGAAAGGAAAUUGCAAACAGAAGGCAGACAUUCUGACUUCCACAUUUAUCUUUGAGGUGGGUAUGUCACCAUUGGCAAAAAAUCAGGGCUCUCUGCCGGUGUCUGAAGUUGUGAAAGUCCGAUAAUGUACAUUAUGCUAAAGGAAAACAGAUAAAAACAACAUGAUCUUUAGACUUCAGGAAAUAGGCCUCCCAACUGCAACUGAAAAUCCUGCAUGUUUUUUAUUUCCACUUCCAUAUGCUGUGAUACUGCCAAUAUUUUUCCCAUGAGCAUAUCCUGCGUAGCCGGGAUCAUCUGAUACAUGGAUAGGAAUGAGUAAAUAACAUUUCUGUCACAUUUUUCCUUUGUUUCCACAUAAGGCAAUAUGCAGUGGGUUGAGCAAGGAGUGGCUCUUUUUCCUAUUGUUUAAUAAAGUUUUUUACAAUAAAU